GCUAAUCGCUGUCUGGGCAUCCAUUGAUCCUUUUAAUCAUGUGUUGUUCUUCUUUGGUUGUUUCGCUGCUUCAUAAGCCGAUAGAUAAUAUCAGUUUUUAAAUCCCACUUACACAUAUUUUCGUUCACAAUGCUCCGUAUUCUACCGGGUCAUUUACUUUUCAAGCACGGCACCGCCCCAACCAGCCGAUCCGGAUCUUAACUAACAAAAAGAUGCAUCCCGCUCGCCGAUAAACUGUGGACCCUUACAUACCAUUCCCCGAUCCGGAGUACACUCCUAACGAACUGCUGACCCGGACCCGGAUCAGGCCUGAGAAUCAGGAUCUCUUCAGCUCGGAUUAAUGACCCCCUUUUCUUUCUCGAUACACAUACCAAUACCACUUGUCAGCGCUUGUCCCAGGUUGGAACGCUUCGUGUUCACAUCUGAAGCCAGCCCAACAGUUAGGAGAGCGACGCCAUGGGACUUCGCCUUUCUCGGGCCCGCGCUGGUUUUGAGAGCUCUGAGCCCUCUGUCGCAACAACUCAAGGCAUUGUCCACCAAGUAUGCGCCAAUGCUCGAUUACAUUUUCAUGAACGUGCCAAACGACGCGGAUUCCGACGACGACAAUAUAAAUCCUGACGACAACAUGGAAGCCAACGAAAACCUUAAUACGCAUCUUGGAUACUUCCCAAACCUCGAAAUGUUACGCAACUGUCACAGAGCUUUACGGUGGACACAUUCUGAUGGUCCCGUGAAAGAACAGCUGGUCACACAGAUCAAAGGAUGUCCACGUCUUGAGUCGCUUGACAUCACGCAGAUCGAUAUCAGAGACGCCCAAAUCCGGCCACAACUAGAAGGUCUGGCAGCCGUGGCCAGUAUGGAUGCUCUGCCAUUGUUAAAGGGGUUGAGGAUAGGCAUCCUCAAAAGUCAAAGUCAAGAUGAACCAGUACAAUGGACAGGGGACGACUCUUGUCCACAUCUAAGCGUUCUGUUAGCAACAGACCACCUCGCCACUUAUCCGAAAACCGUCAUAAAGCUUCUGAUUGAGAUCGAAUUGUUUUGGGAGAAAAUGGCAAUUCUGCAAACUUUUUCCGCGGUUCAUAAAGAUAUUCAUAACACGAUUACUGUUCAUCCCUAUUUAGAAACGAUCAUGGGGGCUGUGAAGGAAAGGAUAUCAGUAGCACGCCGAUAGAGAAACACCAAAGCAUUGGUAGGAGAGAAAAGGGCGGACAAGAAAAGGCGAGAAAGAAAAGGAUGGCAAAAAAAAAAAGCAUGGGAGUGGGACAGGGUGGAACGGGAAAGAGCAGACUAUGAAAAGUGAAGCGGAACAAUCAAAAGGAAGGAAUCUAUCAAAGUAGUUUUUCAGGUCCCAAGUGGCCAUGUACCGUUCAGCAUCUGUUGCGCUGUGGGAAAACAGCUGUGGAUGUUGGAGUGACAAAGAGC